UUUCAGCCAAGGCCGGCCGGCGGAGUGCGCCACCGCAGCGGGCGGCGGCAGUCACAACGGUCUCGGGGCCAGGACGCCAGCCCCAGGGCGCGCGGUCGGACGCCGCCGCCUGGGGCGGCGAGAGGUGGGGCGUCACACCAGUGCUAACCGUGCAGAGGAGGAGGAGGAGGAGGAGGAGGAGGAGGAGCAGCCAUGGGCGCAGUUGGGGCCCAGAUCUCUGGCAGCGCUGGCUCCUGGCUCCAGACCAGGCGGCCUCGCACGCCAAGGCCUGGCCCACAAAACGGGCCUGCGGAUGUCAUGCGAGCGACGAGAAGACACGGGCCUUACGCGGGAGGACACACAGUGCGGGCGCAAGAGGAGAAGGGGUCCAGAGGGAAGCAAGGUAGGGCUGUGGGCUUGGAAGUACAUGCAGCCACAGACGGCUACCGAUACGAAUUCACCCUACUGACAGAUCCGCGCCGAGGGUGAAACGAGAAAAAGUGAAGCAGGGAGAGGGAAACGGACGGGAACAAUUUGACGGAGAAGAGACGGGAUGGAAAUGGAGCCGAGGACGAGGACGAGCACGACGAGCCGUGGCAGGCCGGACCCCCGCGCGCGGGGCGUCAGGCGCUCAGCGGAGGAGCUGGCCGGCACUCCGGGCGCACUGCGUCGCAGAGCACGCACAUGUCGGGGGCGACCUCGUUCAGGAAGCCACAGCCGCCACAGCUCCAGGCGGCGCACGCGGCGGCCGGGGCCCUGCCCACCGACUCGAGGACGUUGAGGCCGGGAAGGCCGUUUGGCAGGCUCCUGGCGGUCUCGAGCGCCCCUCGCUGCCGCGCGCUGAGGAGACCCGACAGCGGGUCGGCCGCCUCGCCCGGGUCGACGGCCUCGAGGCUGUCGCACAGCGUCUCGCGGGUGCUGUCGGAGUCGCCGUGCGCGUCCGCGGCGGGGGCGGCCAGCUUGUGGGCCUCCGGCGCGCGCGGCGCAGCGGGCGCGGGAGGCUCCGCCGCGCAGUGGCCUGCGCCGUGCGCCCCCUCC